AUGAGGUUAUUCCAGCGAAAGGGAAAUGACCUAAUCAGACAACCUGCAGAUCUAAUUCCAUGUGAUACGUUCAUUUCUGAUCCACCACUGCGAUAUACAAAACCGCAUCGACAACCAGAGUUAGACAAUGAGCAACAAGUGAUAUACCAUGCUGUACUGCAACACUUCAGUGAUCCGCAGUUGCGUUUGCCUGUAAAUGGACAUGCGGAAGAUCUACAGGACUCAAAUAACUAUUCAACGUUAGGAGACUGGGAGAAAUUCUGGCUUUCGAGGGAGUGUAUCCUGAGAUAUCUGAGGGCAACCGCUUGGAAUGCUGAACAAACUAUUAGAAGGUUGCAUAACACGUUACUAUGGAGAAGGCAGUUCGGAUUGGCUGAUUAUGCAAAUCUAAAAGAAACAGCCACCUCCGUUGCCAAUGAAAAUGAUACUGGUAAGAUAUCAUUACUUGGAUAUGACAGGAAGAGUCAAUUAGUACUUAUACUGAAGAACGGCAGACAAAACACAGAUCCAAGCUUUGAACAAAUUCGACAGAUUGUUUGGUUUUUAGAAGCUGCAUCGAUACUUGCUCCUAAAGGUACGGAAUGCUGGACACUAAUCAUCGAUCUUAAAAAUCAUCAUAUAGACAACGGUGGAACCCGUUCCCUAUACGAAUACCCACCACUCUCUCUUGCGAAGCAAGUGAUCAAUAUAUUUCAAGAUCAUUAUCCAGAAAGACUAUACAAAUGUUUAAUCUGCAAUGUCCCAAAUUCUGCGUGGACAUUCUUGAAAUUAGUGUACCCACUAAUAGAACCCGAACCAAGAAAGAAAAUCCUUUAUAAUGACCCCCUUGAAAUCCAUAUAGAAUCAGAUCAAUUGGGUGCUGAAUACGGUGGUAGAUUGGAUUUCAAUUACGAUAACUCGAUUUACUGGCCGGAUUUAAUACAGACCGUUGAAUCAAGAAAGAAAGUACAAUACGAAAAGUUUGAAGCCUUGGGUGCAAACGUUGGGAUAAGAGAAUUUGAAAUAAAGAGAAAUACUUAA